UGGAUCUUCCUCCUCACUGGACGCUCGCCUCGGUGCUGUGGAUGUUAUUGAUCGGCGCGGCGGAGGACUGUCUCGGGGAGGAAGUGGUGCUGCUGAAUUCUAAAGAGACUCAGGCAGAACUUGGCUGGACAUCGUACCCCCCAAAUGGAUGGGAGGAAAUCAGCGGGGUGGACGAGCGCUACAAGCCCAUCCGCACCUACCAGGUGUGCAACGUGAUGGAGCCGGUGCAGCAGAACAACUGGCUGCAGACGGGCUGGGUGCAGCGCCGCGGCGGCCAGCGCAUCUUCGUGGAGCUGCAGUUCACGCUGCGCGACUGCAACAGCAUACCCGGCGUGGCGGGCACCUGCAAGGAGACCUUCAACCUGCUGUACGUGGAGGCGGAGCGCGACCUGGGCGGCGUGACGCGCGAGGACCGCUACACCAAGGUGGACACCAUCGCGGCCGACGAGAGCUUCACCCAGGGGGACCUGGGCGAGCGCAAGAUGAAGCUCAACACGGAGGUGCGGGAGAUCGGCCACCUGAACCGCAAGGGCUUCCACCUGGCCUUCCAGGACGUGGGUGCCUGCGUGGCCCUGGUGGCCGUGCGUGUGUACUACAAGCGCUGCCUGGCCACGGUGCAGAACCUGGCCGUGUUCCCCGACACGGUGGCGGAGGCGGCGUUCGCCACGCUGGUGGAGGUGCGCGGCGCCUGCGUCAACAGCUCGGAGGUGGACUCGGACAGCCCUCCCAGGAUGCACUGCAGCGCCGAGGGCGAGUGGCUGGUGCCCAUCGGGAAGUGCAGCUGCAGCGCCGGCUACGAGGAGGGCCACAGCAGCUGUGAAGAGCUGCUGGAGGAUGUGAGGACCCUGGGCUCCUCCAUGGCCUUGGCGGAGCGUCCGCUGCCGUCCUUCUCGGCGUUCAACUCGGUGGGGGAGUGGCUGGAGGCGGUGGACAUGGGCCGCUACAAGGACAACUUCACCGCCGCCGGCUACUGCUACCUGGAGGCCGUCGCCCGCAUGACCGUACAAGAUGUGCUGAGCCUCGGCGUGACGUCCCUGGAGCACCAGAAGCUCAUCCUGACCUCCAUCCAGGCCUUGAGGGCGCAGGUCAUCCAAAUGCACGGCCGCGGCGUCCAGGUCUGA